UUCCUGCCAGGCCAAGAUUUCACUUUCGUUUCUCUGCCAGCUCCUCAUAAGAAACUGCUUCAUGCAGACUGAGCCUUGUUUGGUGAGUGAAUUCUGAUCAUGAUGGCCCCUGCUUUUCUUCACCGCUGAAACCAAGAGUCUUCUCUGGAAGCUGAAGGUUCACUUCAUGGAUGAUUGGUGAAGUGGACAGAUUUCUAGAGCUAAACUUAUCUCCAUGCAGCUUUCAUCAUGCCCCUCUCCCCGACUCUUUAGAGCAAGUGCAUUAGGGAUGCAGCAGUGAAUAACAACAAGUGCCUAAUCUACAUUUUCGGAGGAGGAUACUUCAAGAAAGGUAUCGUAUAUUAUGCAGUGAUAAUAAGAAAAAGAUGGUAAGUGCACAAAAAGUGAUGUAUUGAUGCUUGUGCUGUAGAUGAGUUAAUCACAGAAGGCUCUUCAAAGGAGAGGCCAUGUAAGGAGGGAGUCAGAUGAAGCAUAACAGGAAGUCAUGCAAAUAUCAAGGGAAAGAUCAUUGUAGGGUAAAAGAAAAGCAAACUGCAAAAGCCCUGAGGCCUUAGUGGCUUUCCCAGGCCAUUAAAUUCCAUUUGUUCUUUCUUGUUCUUCAGUAUUUCAGUCUUAAUCAGUCUUUAAUGUCUGCCUGAUUGAAAUCUUUUUUAUCUAUGCCAGUCUUACAUAUCUCUCUUUAAUCUGCCUAACCAUCCCAGAAUCCUUAAGCAAGAAGAGCUCCAGAAGUUUGGACAGGAGGAAGCCAGGGAGCAGCUGCUAUGGCUUUAAAUACUGUGGUGAACCUACAGGAAGACUUAUCCUGUCCCAUCUGCCGGGAGCUUUUAACAGAACCCCUAAGUCUAGGCUGUGGUCACAGCUUCUGCCAGACUUGCAUCGCUGACAACAAGGAGACAGAUACCAGCCUAGGAGGGGACAGCAGCUGUCCUGUGUGUGGUACCCACUACUCGCUUGGAAACCUAUGGCCUAAUCAGCAUCUGGCCAACAUAGUGAAGAGACUCAGAACGGUCAAGUUGAGCCCAGAGGAGGGGCAGAAGAUAGGUCUCUGUGUGCACCAUAAAGAGAAACUCCUACUCUUCUGUAAGGAAGAUAGAAAAGUCAUUUGUCGACUUUGUGUACGAUCUCAGGAGCACCACGGUCACCACACAUUCCUCAUGGAAGAGGCAGUCAAGGAAAGUCAGGAGAUGCUCCAGGCAGCUCUGAUGAGGCUGCGGAAGGAGCAGCAGAAGGCUGAGAAGUUGGAAGCUGACAUCAGAGAAGAGAGAACUUCCUGGAAGUAUCAGAUUCAGACUGAGCGACAAAGGAUACAAACAGAGUUUAAUCAGCUUAGAAGCAUCCUGGACAGUGAGGAGCAAAGAGAACUGCAGAAAUUGGAGGAAGAGGAGAAGAAGACCCUGGAUAGCUUGGCUAUGGCUGAGGCUGAGCUGGUUCAGCAGGGCCAGGUGCUGAAGGAGCUCAUCUCAGAUCUGGAGCGCCGCAGUGAAUGGUCAACUGUGGAGCUGCUGCAGGUGAGGAGGGCCAUCCAACCUUGGAGUAAGAUCUGGACACUGAAGAAGCCAAAAAUGGUUUCCAAGAAACUGAAGAAUGUAUUCCGGGUUCCAGAUCUGCGUGGAAUGCUGCACAUGUUUAAAGAGCUAACACGCGUCCAGUGCCACUGGGUGGACAUCACAUUGAAUCCCCUCAACCUAAAUUUGAAUCUUGUCCUUUCAGAAGAUCAGAGACAAGUACUAUCUGUGCCAAUAUGGCCUUUUAAGAAUUAUAAUUAUGGUGUCUUGGGCUCCCAAUAUUUCUCAUCAGGGAAACACUACUGGGAAAUAGAUGUAUCCAAGAAGACUGCCUGGAUCCUAGGGGUAUACUGUAGAAUACAUUCCUGUAAUAUAAAGUUUGCUGUUCAGGGAAGCACGAAUUGUGAAAAUGCUUACUCCAUAUACAGACCUCAACUUGGCUACUGGGUUAUAGGGUUAAAGGACAAAUUUAGGUAUGAAGCCUUUGAGGACUCUUCCACUGCUCAUCCUGACUCAAGAGUCUUGACUCUUUCCAUGACUGUUCCUCCCCGUCAUGUUGGUGUUUUUCUAGACUAUGAAGCAGGCACUGUCUCAUUUUUCAAUGUCACAAACCAUGGGUCACUCAUCUAUAAGUUCUCUAAAUGCAACUUUUCUCGGAAUGCCUAUCCAUAUUUCAAUCCUUGGGACUGUCCGGCUCCCAUGACACUGUGCCCUCCAAGUUCCUGAAACUUCUGUUCCCUUUCCCACUUCUGAUAGUGACACUUGCCUUGGAUUUCAUCUUCUAUACCUGAGCCCAUCUGUGCCAUUCACACCAUCUCUUCCUUCCAGCCUCCCAUCUCUACUUUAGAACUUGUGCUCCUCUUUGGGAUGCAGAAUGAAUCUGCUUUGAGUUAGCAGACAUGCUUAUUUACCCAUCGACUCUCUUUUGUAUUCUCAAAGAGAGACCUCUAAUCCCUUCUAAAGACAAAACAGUAAUGGUAUAACAUCUUUGCCCUCAUAAUCCUCCAUAUAUUUCUUUUUUGAUCACCAACAUAAAGAAACAUGGCAAAGCCUGUCUGCCACCAUCUAUGAUAUCCAGGACAAUCUACAAUCACUCCCCACCCACUACCAUCAACUAUUUGAGUGAAUGUCUGUUGCCCAGGACACACUCAGUUUAUCAAAGGGUCAUGGAAAGGAAAACACAGCAAUAUCUGUAUACAGAAUAACAAUUUUAUGUUCAGAGUGUUGGAGUUCUAAUCCUGUCUUGACUUUUACAAGGUGUGUAAUGAUGAAAAAAUUCCAAGCUUCUUUUUCCUUAAAUACAAACUAGGGUUUAAAACUGUGCCUUAACUUUUAAGAUCAUUGUGUAAAACUAAAUGUCACUGUAAAACAACUAUUUAAGUGUCCUGCAUAAUUUAAUAAAGAUUUGCUCUAUGAUUACUGAAAAG